UCCUUUUUGCUCUCCUUGCAGAGAUCCUGCAGUGUGCUGCCAGUCUCUGAGCUGGAGAGACACUAAAGGAGAAAACUUUUCAAAACUUCGGCUCCUGCUUUUAUUCUCUGAUUUGUGUUGAACGUGAUGGAUCUCUGCUCUUUACGGAGAGCUGAAAUGCUCUCAGCCUGUUUCUUGACUCUCUUUGCCACCAUCCAAGCCCACAACCUGCUGCUGCCAGGCUCGUGCAACUUCGACUCCAGCACCUGCGGAUACACGUCAGACGCAGACUUCACGAGCUGGACCCUGCACAAAGACGGACAUUUUGUUGCUAUGGAAACAGCCGUGAACGACGACCUGGAGGGAGGCUCGGGUUCUGGGAUCGAACCGGCCAGAGAAGUCACAGGAAUUCUGGUCAGCCCGUCUCUGGAGCACGACGAGUGGAGCUGCCUAAGACUUGUCUACCAGAUCACGGACUCGGGUCACCUGGAGGUUCUGCGGCGAUCCGAGGGAAGGAGCUUCGACCAGCCGUUGUGGAGCAGCCAGGCGCCGUCCGACAGCUGGGUCGUCGCCAGCAUGGAUCUGCAGAACAGCACAGAGCCAUUCAGGAUCGUCAUCGAAGGUAAAGCGGGAGCGAGUCCGGAGAGCAGCGUGGCCAUCUUUGAGAUCCACAUCAGGCCCGGAUACUGCCUGGAGUGUGAUUUUGAGGAGCCUCACAUGUGUGGCUACUACAACCAGUGGAACGUCAAUGUGAACUGGUAUGUGGGUGGAGGGCGGGUCCACCAGCUCCACAACAACAUGCCAAAUGACCACACCUACCAAAACAAGACCGGUCAGUUCAUGUACGUGGACUCCGGCUACGUCAAAACCUUCAAAGAGGUCGCCAAACUGAUCUCCUCUCUGACGACGGUGCCGAUGUCCGGCUGCCUGAGCUUCCAGUACCAACGCAGCGAGGAGGAGGGAAACCUGUUCUCGGUGUACACCCGGGACCGCCUGGGUCAGUAUCAGGAGCUGUGGCGGGCCGGGACGGAGAGCCAGGAGGACUACAGCGCCACUCUCGGGGAGUGGAUACCUGUGCAGGUGGACCUGAAGGCGCCGUACUCAGUGCAGGUGGUGUUUGAAGUGGCGUUCAACAGUCAGAGAGGUGGACGUGUGGCCGUUGAUGACAUCACCUUUACUCCAGAGUUUUGCGGCACAGAAACAGAGCCAACCUUUGACCCCUCCAUCGCCAGCUGUGACUUUGAGUCCGGUUUCUGCUUCUACACUCAGGAUCGGGUCGUCGGGUCGUCGUGGAGGAGAGUCUCGGUGAAGCCGAACAUAUUCAGGAAUGGAGACCACACCACGGGGGCAGGAUCCUUCCUGUUGGCUCAUUCCCGACUGGGCCCGCACUCCGGAUACGUUAGCCGUGUGUUCAGUCCAACUCUGCCUGGAAACAUGAAGUACUGCCUGAGGUUUUACUUCUCCCUGAGGGGUUUUAACCAGACGGAGCAGGCUUUGGCCGUUUACCUGCUGCAGCAGAGCGGCAAGCAGGAGAAGAUCUGGACCCAGUCAGAGAGGUCCAGAGCAAUCUGGAUCGCAGCGGAAGUCACCUUCCAGACGUCGCUGCCUGCCAAGAUGGUUUUCAUCAGCACCUGCAGGAGCUUCUGGGACUGCGGCUCCGUGGCUUUAGACGACAUCAGCCUGAAGCUCGGCGACUGCGAGCUGACAGCAGGUAACGGGUCUUUGGCGAGCUCGGUUCUGUUUAAAGGUUUGGUUAAUAAACUCAAACCGGUUUCAGGCCUGCUGUCGUCGCCCCUCCCUGCACACUGCGACUUCGAGGUCGGGUUCUGUGGUUACUCUCAGGAUAAACGGGGCGAUGCUGGAGACUGGCAGAGGAGGAGAGGACCCACCCCGACCUCAUACACCGGGCCCAGAGGGGACCACACCACGGGUCUGGGGUACUACGCGCACAUCGAGGCGUCGCCCAUGCUGCCGGGCCAGAACGUGCGGCUCCGGUCCCGGCCCCUCAGGGGAACCAGGGGGCCUCAGUGUCUGCAGUUCUACUACCACAUGUACGGCUCUGGAUCCGGGAUGCUCAGGGUUCUGGUCGACAAGAACGGAGAGGACUUGUUGCUGUGGCAACGGAGCAGCGAGCAGAGCAUCGCCUGGCUGAAGGCCCAAGUGGAGUAUCGGAGCGACGCUCGGCACCAGAUUGUAUUUGAAGCCAUCCGAGGCUCCUCGGUGAGGAGUGACAUCGCCAUUGAUGACAUCAUCUUGGAGGGAGGACCUUGCCCAGAGACGGAGAUCGGAGCCACCGUCGGAAGCUCCAAUGAGAUCGAGUAGAAGGAAGCGAGUUGCCGCAGUAGGAUGCAUGCCCCCCGCCCCCACCUCCUCCCCAGUUUUGCACAUUCCAGACGACCCGAAGCGUUGCAGACUCCUGCGUGUCGUCUGAACAUGUGGAAGGAACCUUUGUGUGUUUUCACGGGGCGACACAUAUCAGCAGUACCAGAACCAGCGUCUCUCUGCACCGUAGCAACAGAGGAUGCUCCACGGUGUCUUCCUUCACAUUUAUAUGCAUUAGAUUAAUGCUCGCUGCUUUAAUAAAGCCAGAAUGUUCCCACA